GUCAAAGUCAAACUCACUGUAUUUAGUAUUGCAUAUAACCUAAAAAUAUUUAUUUGUUUUUAUUUAUUACGUUAACGGAAUGUUAUCUGUUAUAAAUAUUUGCAAAAAUGUCCAUAUAAAUACAUUAUUAAUGCAACAAAUAAGAUACAAAUCUAAAACACAUUGGGCUAAAUUAAAAAAGAAAACUAGUCCAAAAUACAAGGCUCAGAAUCACUUCGACGAGUUCUACGGGUCGGUGUUCGGCGGGAAAUGGCCUCCGAUGAAGGAGGCGAUGCUGCGGCGUUCUAAGUAUGUUGCUGUAAUCAACAACUAUGGGGAUUCUGAAGAAACUAUUGACUUCCUCACCGAGAGAGGUGCCCACUGUCUCAAAGCCCUUAUGUCAGUACAACAAGAGUUCCACAAGCAGUACCCACCCACAUCCACGCACACAGACACACAGACAACCACCCUCGAACAAUACACAGCCAAAGUGCAGUCUGACGACAUAUCCAGCAUAUACCCGCAAGACAACCUGCCCGAGAAGCUGGAGCUGAGUAAUAUGACGAUUAGAAGUAGUGAGGAAGAAAAGGAAGUAGAGAAACAGACCCUAAAAAACCUGACCCUAGAGGAAUCCUUGGCCAGCGCGCAAAUGGACAUGUCCCGCAUUAUCGACCCCUCAAUGGGGGUCACUUCCGAAGCCCUGUACCAGUACGUGCCGGCCACGCAGCUAAAGGGCAUGGAUGAGUGGGUGCCGGAGUCACUGCACUAUUCUUACUAUGCUAAAGAUAAAGACUUCCCGUUGGCAAUAGAGCCGGAAACAGAAUUCAGUUUCCCGGAGCACCUCAAAGUGUACACGUAUGAAAUGGGCAGCGAGUGGAACAUGUUUCCUGAACCAAAGAGAUGUAAAACUAGUGUAAUGAACUAUUAUCCAAUGGACUGUGGGAGCGUGCUAGCGGUGUUAGCAUUAUGCUUGUCCCCCGGCGACCGCGUGCUAGACCUGUGCUCCGCCCCGGGAGGCAAGGCGCUCGUGGCGCUCCAGACCUUGUUACCCGACGUCAUAGUGUGCAAUGACUCCUCCAUAUCACGGACCAACAGAAUCAGCCGCAUAUUCCGUGACUACCUGAUCGACUUCGAUACUAGCAACUCGUGGCGGGAGCGCGUCAUUAUAUCCACGCGCGACGGACGGGAAUACACUGACGACAUGGGUUUUGAUAAGGUGUUGGUGGACGCGCCUUGCACAACAGACAGACGGACGAUCAACCAAGACGCUAACCUGGUCUACCACCUGGCGCGCGUCAAAGACCGGCUCAGUUUACCAGACGUACAACCUUACUUGCUAACAAACGCCUUGAAGUUAGUCCGAGUGGGCGGAGCAGUAGUAUACUCCACGUGUUCGCUCAGCCCCGUGCAAAAUGAUGGAGUCGUCCACAUGGGGCUCAAGCACGCAUUUGAAACGCAUGGUGUAAUCGCCACUGUCAAAGAUCUGUCCGCGCCCUUUGCAAACCUGGCAGGCACGCUAUCACUAGCUGCUGGGUCCAUUGCGCCGCGCUACGGGCAGCUGGUCACACCCACGAACGAUGCCAACUUCGGGCCCUCCUACAUUGCCAGGCUAGUCCGUGUUAAGUAAUUUUAUUU